GGGAUGGCUUGCCAAGAGGCAGGGAGAUUUCUCUGGGAUUCUACCUGCGGCUGAAUUCCCGUGGUGGUGAAGAACGAUGGCUCAGUCCAAAGGGCUGGUCGUGCUGGCCUACAGUGGCGGACUGGACACGUCUUGCAUCCUAGUCUGGCUGAAGGAGCAAGGCUACGAGGUCAUCACUUACCUGGCUAACAUCGGACAAAAUGAAAACUUUGAAAAAGCCAGGGCCAAAGCCCUCUCCCUGGGAGCCAAAAAGGUUUACAUCGAAGACAUUAGCAGAGAAUUUGUGGAAGAAUUCAUCUGGCCAGCGGUCCAAGCCAACGCUGUCUACGAGGACCGAUACCUCCUCGGGACUUCCCUCGCCAGGCCUUGCAUCGCCCGCAAGCAGAUGGAAAUCGCUUUGAAAGAGGGAGCCCAUUACGUCUCGCACGGUGCCACGGGCAAGGGUAAUGAUCAGAUUCGGUUUGAGCUCACCUAUUAUGCCCUUUGCCCGCAGAUCAAGGUUAUCGCUCCUUGGAGGAUGCCGGAAUUCUACAGCCGCUUUCGAGGCCGGAGUGACCUAAUGGAAUACGCAAAGGAACAUGGCAUCCCCAUCCCAGUGACUCCCUCCAGUCCUUGGAGCAUGGAUGAAAACCUCAUGCAUAUCAGCUACGAGGCCGGGAUCCUGGAGAAUCCACAGAACCAGGCGCCUCCUGGCCUAUACACCAAGACGAAAGAUCCUGCUGCAGCACCAGACACGGCAGCCGUCCUAGAGAUUGAAUUCAAGAAGGGUGUCCCUACCAAGGUCACGAACAUGGGGGACGGGACCACGCAGGCUUCGCCCCUUGCGCUCUUCGUCUACCUGAAUGACAUUGCGGGCAAGCAUGGGGUGGGGCGCAUUGAUAUCGUGGAGAACCGGUUCAUUGGCAUGAAAUCGAGAGGUAUCUACGAGACCCCAGCGGGAACGAUCCUCUACCACGCUCAUUUAGACAUCGAGGCAUUCACGAUGGACCGGGAAGUGCGGAGAAUCAAGCAAGGACUGGCCUUGAAAUUUGCUGAACUGGUGUACAAUGGCUUCUGGUUCAGCCCGGAGUGUGAGUACAUCCGCCAUUGCAUCGUCCAGUCCCAGGAGCUUGUGGAGGGGAAAGUCCAGGUUUCCAUCUUGAAAGGCAACGUGUACAUUUUGGGUCGGGAGUCGAGCCAGUCUUUGUACAACAAGGAACUUGUGAGCAUGGACGUUCAAGGAGAUUACGAGCCUUCGGAUGCCACGGGGUUCAUUAACAUCAACUCCCUUAGGCUGAAGGAAUAUCAUCGGCUGCAGCACAAGGCCAGUUCUGCCCAAGAUUAAAAGCAAUCAGCGAGGCCGGGCGCAUCCUCCUCAUGCAACUAGUUACCCACAAGCUGUCACUAAUUGUGGUGGUAAUUAGUAACUGUUACUCACCUUCCAUGGAUUGUGUGAUGGUUUUGUGAUGAUGCUUUUCAGUGGUCCAUGAAAGGAAUCAAGAGAAGGUGGUCAGCAGCGUGUGGGAAGCGCACCCAUGUGUUGAUGCAGGGGAGGUUAUUAAAAUAUCUGUGCCAUUA